ACUGUUUCUGGUGUUACAACUUCCGGCUUGUCGACGCCCCGCCCCGCUGUUUUUUGACCCACGUGUGUACAGCGAUAUGUUGAUAUUUUUCACCCAGUGAAUUCGUGUCACUGUAAAAGAUAUUUUUGCCGGAUCAAAGCUUUACAGCGCAGUUCACCUGUCGACAUGGAUCUCGCCUCCAAGGACUCGUACAUCCAGAAACUCGCCAGUAGAGUAUUUUCUCAACGCGACCAGGAGCCGAAGAAGAGACCGUUCGCUCAUUCGACGGGUAAAGGUGACGCUGGUCCUCCAAAGAAGAAGAAAAAGUGUAAAAAGAAACAUUUCAAGGAAAGGGGCGCCAAUGAGAAGACGCCAAAACCCCAACAGAAGCCUCCACUCUCUCCAGCGGCACCCAAAGGCCCGGCCACAGCCAAACCAAGUGGCAUAAACGGAUCCACAGCACAAACACCUAAAGGGGUCAAUGUACAGACCACGUUCUCGACAGUAGAUGUUCUGCGCAAGAGGCUGCAUGAAAAGAUUGAAGAGUCCAGGGGGCAGGGAGCCCCAAAGGAUGCAUUGUCAGAGGCCGUCCAGGCAAAGCGAGCAAAGCGAAAGCUGGAACGGGAGCGGAAGAAGAGGAAGAGGAAAGAGUUUCGGAUGAAGAAACUGGCAGAAAAGAGUGGCGAAGAGCAGCUGCCAGAGAUAAAAAAGGAGGAGCAGCAAGCCCCUGUCGCGAGCAAGAGAAAUGAAACCACCAUUGUCUUCAACAAGGUGGAGAUGGUGGAAGAAGGCUUUGUAGACAAAAUGCAGAAAAAGAAGAGCAAGAAACAGAGCAUCAAGGGCCAGUUGACACCGCUGACGGGGAAGAACUACAAGCAGCUGCUCAGUCGCGUGGAAGCCCGCAAGGAGAAGCUGGAAAAGCUGCGGGAGAAGGACGAGGGGAAGGCCCGUGAGAUGGAGGAGAAGAUCAAAUGGACCAACCUGCUCUACAAGGCGGAGGGCAUCAAAAUCAAAGACGACGAGAACAUGCUGCAGGUCGCGCUGAAGAGGAAGGAGAAGAGACGCGACCACCGGAAGAAGGAUUGGGUCAAGCGCAGUGAGAACGUCGUGGAGAAGAUGCAGCAUCGGCAGGACAAGAGAAGAAAGAACAUCCAGAAACAGAAGCAGGUGAAAACGGAGAAGAAGAAGGACAGAGCGCGGAAGAGAGGCCGAGUGUUGCCCGAGGACUUGAAAAGAGCGGCGGUGUAGUUGAAAGGAGUGUGUUGUACAAUAAGAGAACACACACAAAGUCCAUAAAAGAAAACCAUUUUUUUUUAUAUGACAAUGUGAUUUAUUAAAUGAUACGAACGUGCCACUGCUGGUGCACAAAUUGUCCCUUAUUUUCCUGUAUAGGAGUAAUAUGAUGCGUGUUGUGGUCAAUAAAAUGUGAUCCUCCAUUGGGAUGAGUAUGAAA